AUGGAAAAUCAAAAUUUGUCGCAUUCACUCAUCAAAAAUCCCUCGAUUUAUUUCUUACCUGGUGUUACUUCUCAAUCGAUCGACACUUGUUUUCGUUUACUUAAAGAUAAUCAUGAACAUCAUCAUGUCUUUUUUAACAAAGAACAUGCCUUUCAUAAUCAUACUUCACAUCAUCUUUUAGCUGCUUUAGGUUUUGGUGCGUCAUCAACGGUAUUAGAACGUAUUUAUGACGAACAAAAGAAACAACAAAUGCCCAUUGAACCUCUUCAUAAAAAGGACGAAUUUGAUGUGAAAAAAUGUUUGGGUAAUGAUAAUUAUUAUCAUGAUUAUUUGGAAUUCUUUCGAAAUGAAUUGGAAAGUAAAAAAUAUGAAAACAAUAUUGAUGAAAUGAUCGAAGAUUACUUGUUUAACAAAGAUUAUCUUGUUCAUUUCCUGUCAGGUGCUUUUCAUUCAUUUAUUCAUCUCGGAUAUGCUCUGGAAUUUCAAUCAAAACUCAUGGCAAUUGAAGGUUUAGCGAUGGCAUCAGUAGAUCAAGUCAGUGUUCAGCCUGUUUUAGAACAU